GUUAUGGUUAGAACUUAGAUCUGUAAAUUGAGUGCAAUUGCGAGUUCAGCUUCCUUUCGUUCCCCUCCCGCUCCCAGGCGAAACGCUGGAGGGAAAAGAGGGCCAUUGACGGGUAUUCUUUCCAUCGUCUUGCUUCUACUACAAGCGUUUGCUGUUCGAUAAAUCUCCUAUAAUCCGCCAGCUCCCGGAGUUAGUAAAUCCGGGAUUUAAAUCGAAACCAAGCUAUGCGGUACAAACGCGCACGAUCGUAGUCCCAGGGCUCACGUCUGGUCUGAUUCCUCGGCAUGCUCUUGUUCCCUCUCCCCUCCUGAGAUAUCGCCGCCUGAAACGCGUUGUCGGACCUAAGUCCUGCCAACCCAUCUCCUGUUCCUCAGUCGCCACACCGGCCCCGGCCCGGCCGUCGCUCGUGGGUUUCCGCUAACGAUUUCUUUUUACCCUUGUUUUGAGACAAGAAAGAGCAAACUUUCAGGCAAACCACACAACAGAUGGAAGUGAAGGAUCGUCUAAUGUUAAUGAUGGACACGGUGAACAAAAAAAAGAAUCCAUGCUGGAGCUUUUUGAUUUUGAUUCUCUUGUGAGUGUAUUGGGACUGAGGAGGUACAGAACGGAGUUCACUGUGACGGGGGAGCAAAAUCCAACAACUUCUAGUCCCAGUGAAGGCGAAGAUGUAGCUAUUACACUCGGGCGUCCUAAGGAAACUACUCCUAAACUGGGGACUCUGUUGGGUGUUUUUGUCCCUUGUUUGCAAAGCAUCCUGGGCAUCAUCUACUACAUUCGUUUUUCCUGGAUUGUGGGUAUGGGUGGCAUCGGCGAAUCACUUAUGCUGGUUUCUUUCUGUGGUGCUUGCACGUUUUUUACAUCUAUCUCAUUAAGUGCAAUUGCUACAAAUGGGGCAAUGAAGGGUGGGGGGCCGUAUUAUCUUAUCGGCCGAGCCCUUGGUCCAGAAGUUGGGGUCAGUAUUGGUUUGUGUUUCUUUCUUGGGAAUGCUGUUGCUGGAGCACUUUAUGUGCUUGGAGCUGUGGAAACAUUCUUAGAUGCUGUGCCAAGUGCUGGAUUUUUCAGAGAGAGUGUUAUAGUUGUCAGCAAUAGCACAUCAAUAAAUGGCACAGUAACAAAUGUAACUACAACCACUAUAUCAACUCCAAGCCUGCAUGACCUGCAACUCUAUGGGGUUGUUGUGACCAUUCUGCUUUGUUUUAUUGUAUUUGGUGGCGUGAAAAUUAUCAACAAGGUUGCCCCAGCUUUCCUUAUUGCAGUCCUAUUUUCAUUGUUCUGUAUAUUUAUUGGGAUUUUUGCAGCUCCCAGACAUAAUGCUUCAAGUGGGAUAACUGGAUUGAAAUUAAAGACAUUUAGAGACAACUGGAGUUCAGAUUACCAGCGUACGACUAAUUCUGGGGUGCCUGAUCCGGAUGGUUCUAUUUAUUGGAACUUUAAUGCAUUAGUUGGUCUAUUCUUUCCUGCAGUGACGGGAAUCAUGGCAGGUUCAAAUCGUUCUGCAUCUUUAAAAGAUACACAGAGAUCCAUACCUGUUGGAACAUUGGCUGCUACACUCACAACAACUUCUCUGUAUUUGGUAUCAGUAUUAUUAUUUGGAGCAUUAGCCACUAGAGAAGAGCUUUUGACAAACAGGCUUCUUACUGCUGAGGUUGCUUGGCCUGUGCCAGCAAUUGUGUAUGUUGGGAUCAUUCUCUCAACUUUAGGCGCUGCACUGCAGAGUUUGACAGGUGCUCCACGUUUGCUGGCUGCCAUAGCUAAUGAUGAUAUUCUUCCUGUUCUUAAAUAUUUUAAAGUUUCAGAAGGGGUAGAACCGCAUCUCUCUACUCUAUUUACAGCCUUCAUAUGCAUUGGGUGUGUUGUGAUUGGAAACCUUGAUCUAAUCACUCCGACUGUAACAAUGUUUUUCCUUCUAUGCUAUACCGGCGUAAAUCUAUCUUGUUUUCUUUUAGACCUUCUUGAUGCUCCUAGUUGGCGGCCCCGAUGGAAAUUUCACCAUUGGAGUCUCUCGCUUCUUGGUGCCUUGAUCUGUAUAGUGAUCAUGUUCUUAAUUUCAUGGUCUUUUACGGUUGUAUCGCUAGCCCUUGCUAGCCUUAUAUAUUACUAUGUUAGCAUUAAAGGGAAGGCUGGUGACUGGGGUGAUGGAUUCAAGAGUGCAUAUUUUCAGUUAGCUUUAAGAAGCCUUCGUUCUCUAGGCGCAAAUCAAGUACACCCUAAAAAUUGGUAUCCGAUCCCCCUCAUCUUUUGCCGGCCAUGGGGAAAGCUUCCAGAAAAUGUUCCUUGUCAUCCCAAGCUGGCUGACUUCGCCAACUGCAUGAAGAAGAAAGGCCGUGGCAUGUCCAUGUUUGUAUCCAUCAUCGACGGCGACUAUCAAGAAUUGGCUGAGGAUGCCAAGGCUGCUUGUCGUCAGCUCAGCACAUACAUCGACUACAAGAAUUGCGAAGGUGUGGCCGAAAUUGUCGUAGCCCCAACCAUGGCCGACGGAUUCCGCGGCAUCGUGCAGACCAUGGGCCUCGGCAAUCUCAAGCCAAAUAUUGUUGUCAUGAGGUACCCAGAGAUUUGGCGCCGCGAAAACCUAACCCAGAUUCCUUCCACCUUCGUCAGCAUCAUUAACGACUGCAUCAUCGCGAACAAGGCCGUUGUGAUCGUCAAAGGUCUUGAUGAAUGGCCAGGCGAGUACCAGAGACAGUACGGAACGAUUGAUCUUUAUUGGAUUGUAAGGGAUGGUGGCCUCAUGCUCUUACUAUCCCAGCUCCUCCUCACCAAAGAGAGCUUUGACAGCUGCAAGAUCCAGGUCUUCUGCAUAGCGGAAGAGGAUGCUGAGGCAGAGGAACUGAAGGUUGAUGUGAAGAAAUUCUUGUAUGAUCUUAGAAUGCAGGCUGAGGUGAUCGUCAUCACAAUGAAAUCAUGGGAGGCUCAUUUGAAGAGCGGGCAUCAGCAGGAUGAGUCCAUGGAAGCAUUCGGUAGUGCGCAGCAGCGCAUCGGUGCUUAUUUGGAGGAGAUGAAGGAAAAAUCUAAUAGAGAAGGGACUCCAUUGAUGGCAGAUGGAAAGCGAGUUGUGGUGAACGAGCAGCAAGUCGAUAAGUUUCUUUACACGACACUGGAAUUAAAUUCGAUAAUACUGAGACACUCGAGGAUGGCGGCGGUUGUGCUGGUUAGUCUCCCGCCGCCUCCUUUAAACCACCCAUCAUAUUUUUAUAUGGAGUAUAUGGAUCUGCUUGUUGAGAAUGUGCCGAGGAUGUUAAUAGUAAGGGGUUAUAGGAGAGAUGUUGUCACCCUGUUCACAUAAUUUGUUUCUUGCUCUUGAUUGUUAGAUACAUCAGAAGUUGAAUUCAUUCUUUAUAGUCCUAUCAAACAGGUUAAAUUUUUGAACUCCAAUUAGAUGCAGGAUAGUCCUUUUUGUGUUGGCCUGUAUGUCUUAAAAAUUUCUUAUUAUGAGAGAUGUAUUGGAAUCAAAAAUAUGUAUUUAGGAAGAGGACAGGUUUUGUAAUCAGGGAAACCUAUAAUUUAAUUUUCAUGUUUUAGAUGGGUUCAUUUGAUCUACAAUGAUAGUCAUCUGAGCA